GGUACCUUGAAAAAUCGCCAUAAAAAAUAUUUUAAAAACAAACCCAGGUAGCCUCCAAAAAGGUUAGCUGCAAACAUUAAAAAAGCUAUGCUUCCAUGUGGAAAUCAAAUAUGAGUUGGGUGCAUAAUCUAAACAAUUACUAUAUUACUUUUGACAAUUGCUGGUGGAGAAUCUUCUACUUUUCUCUACCAUUCCUUAGCCGAGUAGGAAACUCCUGUAUCUAGAAAUUGCUGCUCACCUGAGCUUGGAACUGUCUCUAGUUUUCUACUCUUUCUUUUCUUAGUUGGUGUUUUCUUGGUUCCCAAACACAAAUGGGGGAGGAAGAGAAGACCAUCCAAGGAGAACUCUCCCUUCUUUUACUACUCGCCGAGCGAGUCCGCAAGUCGGCGGAAGAAGCCGAGUUGAACAAGCCCGAGUGCCAAGAACUCAGCAGGCAGGUCGAGCGUCUAUCCUUGAUGCUCCGAUCCGCCGUGCGGCUCGCCUCCGGCGCGCCCUGUCUCUUCGAGCGUCCCGUCCGUCGAGUCGCCGGCGACGUGGCAAAGAACCUCGAGCGAGCCUUAACCCUCGUCCGGAAGUGCAAGCACAGCGGCGUGCUGCGGCAGCUCUUCGCCAUCACCACGACAGCCGACUUCCGAAAGGUCUCAACCCUUCUGGAGUCGUCAGCCGGCGACAUGAGGUGGCUGCUCACCAUCUUCGACCCCGAAGACACCAACCUCGCUCUGCCCCCGAUCGCCAGCAACGACCCGAUUCUCGCCUGGGUUUGGUCCUACAUCGCCGCCGUCCAAAUGCAUCAGCUCCGGGACCGGACCGACGCCGCCAGCGAGCUUUCGUCGCUGGCUCGGGACAACGAUCGGAACAAGCAGAUGAUUGUUCAGGAAGGUGGGGUUCCGCCGCUGCUGAAGCUGCUGAAAGAAGGCGCUUCGCCGGAUGCGCAAAUCGCGGCGGCGACUGCUCUCUGUAAUUUGGCCACUAAUCAGGAAAGAGUUCGGUAUAUAGCGAAGGAGCUUGGGGUUCCGAUAAUCGUGCAGGUUUUGGGCGAUUCUCCGAUGAGGGUUCAGGUUUCGGUGGCGAAUUUGGUGUCGAGAAUGGCAGAGAUGGACGAGGCGGUGAAGGAGGAGUUCGCGAGGGAGAAUGUGAAUAAGCCGCUGGUGACACUCCUGUCCAUGGAUUUGGCCUUGGAAGAUCCCAAACUUCAGACAGGCAAAAAUUUACCUAGCAUUCAUUCGAUUGUUCUGAUGAACAAGGAAUUGACCCGGAAAGGGACAAACCCCAUCCAUUAUCAGAACGUCAAUUCAUCACCUUCUCGACAUUCCGAGGGCAGUAGCAGAGGCGGCCAUAACAGGAAAGAGAGGGAAGGUGAGACCCCUGAGUUGAAAUUGCAGCUCAAAGUCAGUUGCGCGGAGGCUCUGUGGAAACUCUGCAGAGGGAGUGUGCGAACCAGCAAGAAAAUUACAGAGACAAAGGGGCUUCUAUGUUUGGCAAAGCUCAUUGAGAAGGAACAGGGAGAAUUGCAGCUCAAUUGCUUGAUGACUGUUGUGGAAAUAGCCACGGUAGCGGAGCUCAAUUCCGACCUCAGACAAGCAGCUUUCAAGAUUAACUCACUGGCCGCGAAGGCAGUUUUGGAUCAGCUCCUGAGAGUGAUUCAAGAAGAGAGCCACCCAAUACUGCAAAUCCCUGCCAUUAAGGCAAUUGGGUCAUUGGCAAGAACCUUUUCGUCAAAGGAAACCCGAAUAAUUAAGCCUUUGGUGUUGCAGCUUGGCCAGAGGAACCCAGAGGUAGCGAUGGAAGCUGCCAUUGCUCUGGUAAAGUUCGCGUGUCCAGAAAAUUACAACUGUAUUGAGCAUUCAAAGACAAUUAUCGAGUUCGAUGGAGUUCCACCUCUAAUGAGAUUGCUGAAGAUGAGUGAACAGGUUCAAAUACAUGGAUUGGUUCUGCUGUGCUACCUGGCAUUGCAUGUUGGCAAUAGUAAAGCUCUGGAAGAGGCACGGGCGUUGAAUGCCCUGGAAGGAGCUGCUCGAUCCGUGGCAGCUCAGAAUCCUGAAUUGAGAGAUUUGUUUGCCAAGGCCGUACACCACCUUACUCUUUACCAGGCAGGAGUUCAUCCCCAUAGACCAUCUCAUGGUCUGUAAAUGAAGUCUCAGAGAAGAAAAACAGGAAAAAGGGGCUUUUGAGCAGCCAAAGCCAUUGAUACUCUGCGUUAUGACUUGGGCUGCAACAUGUGUGGAAGAAAUUGAUGCACUGUUACAUGGAACAGGAAUGAAACAAUGUGGAAGAAAUUGAUGCACUGUUACAUGGAACAGGAAUGAAACAAUCUUGACGGUGGUGGUGCAAUUUGAAUUGAUCAUCCUUGUAAACUUACAAAUCCAUUUGUCUUGACAUAGACUACUGGAUUUUUUGUGAUAUUUAUUCUUUGGGAGGCAGAUUUUUCCAGUAUGUUUUCGUGUUGUAAGUUUGAAGAAAUGAGGACCACAUUUUUUUUCACAAGGUGUAUAUCAUUCAUCAUUUAUUAUGGUUCAUUGUUAAUUCAAAACACAGAUAUCUUUUCUUGA